UUACAACAGUUAUGCAUUGGACGAAUGGCGUCAGGGAAUCUGCUACGGGGGCGGGUUUGGGAGAGAGAAUGGAAUCCGCCAAAUUCAAGAAAGAAUUGAUCAGUAAGUUGUUGUACUUCUAUUUUACAGACCAGAAAACAAAAGUCAGUGGUGAUGCUGUCAUCAUUAUGUGUGAAAUGAUAAAGUUAUUUGUUCUUGAGGCGGCAGCUCGAACGGCCAGGCAGGCUUCCUCUGAAGACUCGAAGGCAGCGGAGAUUGACCAUUUUGAGAAGGUUUUGCCCCAGCUGCUGCUGGAUUUCUAGGAUCUAAUGUUUCCAGCAGGUGGCGCUGAUUCUACAGCACAGAAAUACAGACAGCAUGGAAACAAGGCCCCUUUUGGCCCACGCAAACCUUUACAUCAAAACAAGAUUGUCAUACUGCGGAAACUACUAUCACCACUUGUAGGACUGAGAUGAUCAUUCUUCCUAGGUUAAAUUUAACGUAUAUUUUAUGUCAUGUUUAAUUAUUCAUGAAUAUUAUUGCUCAAAUCUAUUUUCCCUUUGUAUAUUUUGAUGGAGCUAUAUUGUACCACAACAGAACAGAAUGGGCAUUCUUGUCUUUAAACUAUAGAGUUUCAAACUGUCGUUCCCAGGUGGAUCAACUUCUUUUAAAUAAAGGUACUGUCUUAAGUCAGUGGGUUAGAAAAAGCUUUGAAGACCAGCCAAAAUUCAAGAAACGCUAAUUCAUAGUGUGUUAAGCAUUCAAAGACUUAAGAACUCAAAGUUCACAGUACAUGAAACCAUUAAAGCUGAAAAAGACUAAGUAAAUAAUCUGGAUAUCAGUAUUGUUGAUUGCAUGCCUUUUGUAACCAGAACAUGAUGUACGUAUAUUAAAAGCAGAAGCUAAUUGUUGUAAUUUGUACUUGGCUCUGCUUUGGGUUUGAGCAACUUAUCACCCAUCCUGACCUUUUUUAAUACACAAGGUUUCAAAUGAUCAUUAAGUAAAUCACCAUUUUCUGAGUGUAUUUCCUAAUUAAAUGAAAAUUAGGAGGAACUUUGUGCAGUGGGGCACACUUUCCAUCUAAAACCUCGCAUUGUCAGAUAAACAAAUUUGGAGAACUUUUUGUGUGGGGAGCAAAAAGAAUUGAAAGGGGUUUUGCAUGUGUUAAAAGCACAGUGAAGAUAAAGUCACAAAAUGAACAAAAUAAUGGAAAUAGAGGGAUGGAAGACAUUAAUAAUGGGUUUUACUUUGAGGGCCUGGAACACCUUGCAGAAAUUCAGGGAACUAUGGAGAUAAUGAAUGAGAAGCUUUAGUGUUGGUGUUCUGAACCGGAGUGGAAAACUUCAGUCACCACUGCGACCUACAGACUCGCUUUCAAGAGCUCUUUACAACUCACGUUCUCAGCAUUAGUUUUAUUCACAGUUUUUCUUUUCCGUAGCCUGUCUGUCUUUAUGUACAACUUUUCAUAAAUUCUAUUGUAUUCUGACAGGCUGCAUCACUGCUGUGGGUGUGAGGAGUGGGGUGCUUCAGCACAGGACUAAAAGAAGCUACAGAAAGUUGUAAAAUUACUCAGCUCCACCAGGGGUUCUGGCCUCUGUCAUACCCAAGUAUUCUUCAAGGAGCGGUGCCUCAGAAAGGCAGCGUCCGUUAUCGAGGACCCCCAUCACCCUGGGCAUGCCCUUUUCCCAUUGUUGCCAUCAGGGAGGAGGUACAGGAGCCUGAAGGCACACAGUCAAUGAUUCAGGGACAGCUUCUUCCCCUCUGCCGUACAAUUCCCAAAUGGUCAUUGAACCCCUUGAACACCAUCUCACAUUUUUUAAUAUAUAUUAUUUUCUGUUUUGUACUAUUUUUGAUCUCACUAUUUAAUACACGUGUAUAUCCUUCCUAUAAUUGAUUAACUUAUUUUUUUAUUUCUCUAUAUCAUGUAUUGCCCUGUACUCCUGCUGCUAAGUUAAGUUUCACGACACAUGCCGGUGAUAGUAAAUCUGAUUCUGCAUUACUCUUUUCCUGUAAAUGUUUGGGGACGGAAAUAUUUCGGAUUUUGGAAUAUUUGCAGGGGUUCCCAACCUUUUUUAUGCCACGGACCAAUACAUUAAACAAGGGGGUCUAUGGACCCCAGAUUGGGAACCCCUGAUACUAAUGAGAUGCCUCGGGAUGGAAUGCAAGUGUAAACCCAAAAUCCAUUUUCAUUACAUUUACAGCUUAUACAUAUUCCCUGAGGGUUGUUUAAUAUUUUUAAUAGCUAUCACUACCUCGUGGGCAUGUGGCCAAGU